GUUGUAUGGAAAAAAGGAGCUCUUUUACGCGCGGCGCCUGGGAGUUAAGUACCAUUCAAAGAAAAGAGGGUAGGCGCCUGGGAACGCCACGGAGGUGGCUAAGUUGCUUAAAUGGGGUGUGUGUGUCGAUUUAGGGCUGAAGCCACGUUUACUCCGGAAGUUAAGCCUCACUUAGUUCAAUGGGAUUUGCUCUCAAGCAAGCGUGAGAGAAACACGCGUUGCAGGUCCUUUCUUCUGACUCACUAGUCCGAAACGAAGAGCCCGCGCUGGCCGCCUCCUUUCCCAAGCUCCACACACACCCCUUCUCCAUUUUUGUACCACACACCAUCAAGCAGGUGUUGUUUUUACUCUCUUUUUUUCUGGAACGAGACCCCGAGCCAGGAAAGCACGAAAGGACUGCGCAGAGCAGCCUCUAUUGCCCUCGCCCUCCCUUCGAGCGCUUGAAGAUUAUUGCUCAAAGCCGGCUGCUCCAAAGCAAGGGAGGGAUUUACCUGUUGUUGUUACCAGCCCUUCCCCGCCUCUUUCUUCUCUCUCCAACAGCGGCGUCAAGAGGAUUCCGCGGGGCUGAGGUAACAGCCGGAGACCCGCUGGGGAAAGUGGGGAGAGUUGUGCCCGCCUCGCCUUCUUUCGCCUUGACAGGGAGAAAACUGUCUACUCUCCACACCUGGAAGGAUUCUUACACUAGAAAAAGUAUCCGGCAGGGGUGAGGAGUCGCGGCGCCAGCGAGAGAACCUUUCCCAGGAGACGCUUGAGGCAACCCAGGGGCUGCUACUUCCUUACAAGAUGUCUGUGUCUCUGCUGCUUUAUUCUUGAAUGUGUUUGUGUGGAAAAGAGAUUUCACUGACAAAUGAUUCCAGGCACUGACUGGUUCAGCACUUCCAUCACUUCACUUCCAUACCUGAAUCUGAUAAAGAUGAAUAGAACUGGGUAUCAUUAGCAUGAUGAUGGCACCUUCCUCCAAAUCCAAGGAUGACCUCCUCUAGCAGUUUCAUAGAUGUCAAAAAAACAUAUGAAAGAUACUAUCUAGGCGUGACACUUGUAAUGCAGUGGCUGCAAAGGAAAUUGAAUAUGGCCUAGUAGAAUCGAACUUUGGAGAGUUUAUGAUGUCCACAGAUGCGAGUAGUAGGAAAAACCAUCAGGCUGUGAGCCUAGAAGGAGUUGACCCAGAAACCUGCAUGAUAGUAUUUAAAACCCACUGGGCACAGGUUGUGAAAAUCUUAGAGAAGCAUGACCCUUUGAAAAAUAUUCAGGCAAGGUACGGGGCCAUUCCUACAGAUGAAGCCAGCACUGUGCAGAAUUACGUAGAACACAUGCUCUUCCUGUUGAUUGAAGAACAAGCAAAAGAUGCUGCAAUGGGACCUAUCCUGGAGUUUGUUGUUACAGAGAAUAUCAUGGAGAAACUCUUCCUUUGGAGUCUCAGACGGGAAUUCACGGAUGAGAUGAAAACUGAACAACUGAAGAUGUAUGAAAUGAUCAUCACUCAGUCCCACCAGCCCCUACUGCAUCACAAGCCCAUCUUGAAGCCUUUGAUGAUGUUGCUGAGUUCUUGCUCAGGAACUACUACACCAGCAGUGGAAGCACAGCUGGUGGUUCUUCUCAACCAGCUGUGCUCAAUCCUAGCCAAAGAUCCAUCAAUUUUAGAACUCUUUUUCCAUACCAGUGAGGACCAAGGAGCUGCAAAUUUCCUAAUUUUUUCUCUCUUGAUUCCUUUCAUCCAUCGAGAAGGGACCGUUGGCCAGCAGGCCCGUGAUGCACUACUCUUUAUAAUGUCACUUUCUGCAGAAAACAAUGUGGUUACUAAUCAUAUAGUAGAAAAUACUUAUUUCUGUCCGGUGCUAGCAACAGGCUUAAGUGGCCUAUAUUCAUCCUUACCUACAAAGUUGGAAGACAAAGGAGAAGAAUGGCACUGUCUGCUGAAAGAUGACUGGCUUCUUUCUCCAGCUCUUGUCCAAUUUAUGAACUCUCUUGAGUUCUGCAAUGCAGUAAUACAGGUGGCACAUCCUUCGAUUUGGAUCCAGCUUGUGAACUACAUUUAUAAUGGGUUUCUGGUACCAGUUAUGGCCCCAGCUUUGCAUAAGGUGACUGUGGAGGAAGUAAUGACUACAACUGCGUACUUGGAUCUUUUCUUGCGGAAUGUUUCAGAACCAGCUUUACUAAAGAUCUUCCUCCGGUUCAUCUUGCUGCACUGCCAUGAGACUGUGCAAAUCCUGGACACCCUCACAAGCCGCAUAAACACUCCAUUUCGGCUCUGUGUCGUGUCCUUGGCAUUGUUCAGAACACUUACCAGCUUGCAUUGUGAAGAUGUGAUGUUACAGCUAGUUUUAAGGUACUUGAUACCCUGUAAUCACAUCAUGUUCAGCCAAAGAUGGGCUGUGAGGGAACGGGAUUGGUAUUCUGUAUCUGCUGCUAGAUUGCUUGCUUUGACUCCAGUCUGUUGCUCUAGUGGGAUUACUCUGACUUUUGAAAGGCAAGAAAAAGAUUAUAUUCUGUGGAGAAAGAACAUACACAGGGCAGAUAGAACUGAAGAGUCCAUUUGUAGCAGUAUUGCAAAUGCCACAUGUAUUGUGGAAUAUGGGAAAACUGUUGAUAUCAGUUACCUGCAGUACCUUUGGGAUGCUCAAACCCUCAUCCUCCACUGUAUGAGGGACUGCCAGGUUUGGUCUGUUCCAUAUGAUGGUGAAAACCCUGAUCCAUAUACCUUUAUCCAAACUCUAGCUGAGGAGGAUGGUAAAAACCUAGACCAGCCCAUUUUACGACUCCAGCACAGAACACCUAGUAACUGUAGUUCCUCUCAGGUGACUCCAUUGGGAGAAAAGUUGCAGCUAGAACUGGAAUGGGAUGAUAGCUAUGAUACAGGGAUUUCUCCUGGAUCUGAUAUGGGCUCUCCCCAUCAUGAUAAUGAUUUAGGAAAUGUAGAGGCACAACCUCCUACAGAGCCACCAAAGCACAUUCAAGAAAUGAAGAAAAAUGCAAUUAUGUUUAUCAAAGGGUCAUAUAUAGAAGAAUCUGACUUUCAGGAUGAUGUCAUGGUUUACAGGUUAUGUGCUCAAAAGGAUGCUCAGGAAGCAGAUGCCUUAAAAGAGGAAGCUUUAAUAUCAGAAACUCAAAGCACAGAUAAUCUGAAUCAAUUCCCUAUCAACAGUCCUCUUAGAAGUCCCCAGUUGGACUCCAGUUUGGAGGAACACAACAUGAAAAAUGCUGACUCAACCCAGCAUACAACAGCCAAACAAAUCCAUGAGAGCGUUGCUGAAAAAAUAUCUCAGCCAGACUUGAAACUGACGUUUUCUUCCCCAGAAACAAAUCACAAUGCUAAUGUGAGGUUGCUGAGCCCAGAAAGUGAGGAUUUUAUUUCUCAGUGCGAUAAUAUCAUUAAAGAAUUGGAUUGUAACCCUACAGGGUUGGUAGAACUUAAAUUGCUUAUUCCUGAUCCAGUUUCUCCAGUGGAAGAGGAAGAAGACUUUGAAAACUUUUCAGCUGAUGCACCAUCAGCAGAAAGUACACCUUCACCCUUUGGACCAAAAGAUGCAUGGUCCAGCAAUCCUGCAAGAAUCCAGAGUGUCCCAUUUACAGGUCCAUUUAUCAGUGUGGUGCUCUCAAAACUGGAAAACAUGUUGGAAAACUCCUUGCAUGUAAACUUGCUGCUCAUUGGCAUCAUUACUCAUCUGGCCAGUUACCCACAACCCCUUCUCCGUUCCUUUCUGCUCAAUACCAACAUGGUAUUCCAGCCUAGUGUGCGGUCAUUGUACCAGGUGCUGGCAUCUGUGAAAAACAAAAUUGAACAGUUUGCUUCUGUUGAAAAGGAUUUCCCUGCUCUUCUCAUGCAAGCCCAGCAGUACCUGCUUUUACGGGUGGACAUGUCAGAUAUUCCACUAGAGUCAUUGACCAAAGACAACAUACAGCACAACGUUUUGGGGAAAGGCAGAAACCUUUCAGAGGAUUCUCAAGUCAUCCUGCAACCUUUCUCUGGAAGUAAGGCAAAAAAAGGAGCUGCUCUUCCCAGUGUUCCCCAGCACAUCAGGAAUGCUGUCCUUGCUGCUGCCCUCUUCCCAGAGUUUCUCAAGGAGCUGGCUGCUCUUGCACAGGAACAUUCCAUUCUGUGUUACAAAGUAUUUGGUGAUUUUGAGAAUUUUUAUUAGUUUUAAGACUUUUUUUAAAAAAAGAUUUUGUUUUGUUUUUAAACACAGACCUACUUAUAAAAAAUUCUACUAUAUGUUCCUGUUAAUACUUGAUUUGGGGAAAUUGUUACAUCUUUAUGUUGGGCCUUAUUUCCAACUCUGCAACAUAGACACUGAUGUAUUAAUGGAAUGAUUUCUUUUUUUAUCUUAUUCCCACCCUUGAAUUUACUUACUUCAGUUUCUCCCUUUAAACUCUGCUAGAGAUGCUUUGGGUUAAAAAACAUACAAUUGUGUAACCAACUGCAAGGUGACUUGUUUUGUUUUUCUGUCUAGGAAUGUUGGUUGCUCCGUAAGAGUGUACUUACCAGGACCAGCAUGACAAAUUCAAUAAGCCUUUUAUGCAAAUAACAUUUAAGGUAUCUAUUGGAGGGGGGAGCAAUUCUUUCCCUAAUUUGUGCUUUACAAGUGGCUGGAGUUGUGAAUGUAAAUGGAUUCAGCAUAUAUAAGCCCAUGACUUUUUGAAAGCAGGUGCUGUGCUGAAUACAUACCAUAUUGCCUUACAUUGUGGACAAAUCUGACACUCUCAGCUGUUGAUUCCUUUGAAGUUUAAAUCAAAUGAGUAAAAUGAUGUUGAGUGCAGACUGUGUGGAAUUUUUCGCCUGCCAUUUCUCAGCAUUCUUUGAUUGCUACCUAACUAAACUCUCAAGCCUUAAAUUUAGUACGAUUUGCACACAAAUGUUUCUAUGCAAGCUGUAGUCUUUUUGGUAGAACAUAUUUGUAUCCUUUUAUUGAUAAGCUGAAGAGAAAUAUUCCAGUUAUUGUUUAAGUGCUGUUAAAAGGUUAACUUCCUCUGGGAGUUGAUACUAUCUGUUUUUUAAGUCUUUUUUUUAAAAAAAGUGGAAAAGAAUAGCCUGCCUCUAUAAGCUGUUUUUAAAUUUAAAAUAUUAUUUUGGUUUAAGAAGGAACCGUUUUACUCACCAGAAGGGUGUUUCUCAGUGGGCGCCAGGACACCGCCAAGUGGGUAUUGUGUUCCUUGCUAGUGCUUGAGGCAGGAAAGAGUUAACACUCCAAACCGACCGUUAAUGCGGCCCCUCCCACGGAGUGCUAGUUCGCCGUCUGGCCAAGCUUAAAAUAUAAACUUAUACAUAUCUAAAAAACUGUGACAACAUUAACUGUAAUUAUGAAAACAUACAUUUUACACUUAAGUUGUAAAAAUAACUAUACAGUCUCUACUCAGAGCGACUGCCAACUCCACUGAAUGAUACAUGGGAUAGGAGUGAUCAUUGACUCUUCAGUGUCAACCCGUUUUAUUAUAAUGUUUCCUGUCGUUUGUAUCCCAGGGUGGGCCUUGGUGGUGUACUGGCGCCCACUGAGAAACACCCUUCUGGUGAGUAAAACGGUUCCUUCUCCAGUGGGCACCAGGACAUCCCCAAGUGGGAUGUUCCAGAGCUGACGUAUUGAUUGGUGGGUACAUAAAUGUUCAAUGAUCACUCAGGACCUGCUGAAUAACUCGCCUCCCAAAGGCUGCUUCAGCUGAAGCAUAAAUAUCUAUUUUAUAAUGUUUAGUAAAAGUGUUAGGGUUUGCCCAAGUGGCCGCCCUACAUAUUUCUUGAAGAGAUGCAUUGUUGAAUAAGCUGCAGUGGCAGCUGCUGCUCUAGUGGAAUGAGCAAUGAUGCCUGAAGGUGGUGGUAUGUUUAGAGAACUGUAUGCUAAGGCAAUGCAGCCCUUAAUCCAUCUCGCCACAGUAGAGGAGGACACCGUUUUACCGAGAGUAGUUGGGUGGUAAGAAACAAACAAAGAAUCAGUUUGCCUUAUUGGCCUAGUCCUAUUUAUAUAUACUUUAAGUGCUCUCCUCACAUCCAAUGAAUGCCAAGCGUGCUCUAGAGGAUGCUUUGGCGAAGGACAAAAUGUUGGCAAUACUAUUUCCUGCUGACAGUGAAAGGCUGAAUUAACUUUUGGAACGAAAGUAGAAUCUGUUCUCAAAAUGACUCUGUCAGUAUGGAAGAUACAUAGAUGUUUUGCCACCGAGAGAGCUCCAAGUUCCGAUACUCGUCUAGCUGAUGUUAUUGCUAUGAGAAAUAAUACUUUGAAGGAAAGUAUUCGUAACGUAGACGUUUUCAAUGGUUCAAAUGGCGGUGUUUGAAGAGCUGCCAAGACCUUGUGAAGAUUCCAUGUUGGAAAACGAUGAUGAACAGGUGCUGACAAUAGUGAAGCCCCUCUUAGAAAUUGUUUCAUAUAGGGGUGAGCUCCCAGUGAUGCAUAAGAAGACUUAGACAGGACUGUUGACAACGCAGAUGCUUGUCGUCUCAAAGUAUUGGGUCUCAACCCAUUCUUCAAACCAGCAUUUAAAAAGGAUAACACCUCUGUAAUUCCCGACUUCCUAGGUGUAACAUGAUUCCUAUUAAACCAUUUCAAAAAGGCCGCCCAGGUAUACUGGUAGCUUCUUAUUGUGGACUGUCUUCUAGAUGCCAAUAUUGUGGUUACCACUUCCGUUGGUAAUCCAGCCCUCAGCAGUUUGACCUGCUCAAUUUCCAUGCGGUUAAGCUCAACCAUUGGAGAUCGGGGUGGCGAAGCGGUCCUUGUAGCAGCAAAUCUGGUCGAAGAGGCAGACGCCAUGGGGGCUCAACAGAUAGGUUGACUAGCUCUGAGAACCAUGGCCUCCUUGGCCAAUCUGGUGCUAGUAGAACAACAUUGGUCCUCUCCAUCCUUACCUUUUUCAUUACCUGAGAUAGCAAUGGAAAAGGAGGGAAAAGAUACAGUGUUGCCUUCAGCCAAGGAGAAUUUAGGGCAUCUACACCCUCUGCUCUGAGAGAUGGAUAGCGUGUGUAAUACCUCUUCAGUUGAUGAUUGACAUCUGAAGCGAAAAAGGUCCACAUCCAUCCUUCCGAACCUGCUGCGUAUCUGUUUGAACACAUCUUUGUGCAACUGCCACUCUCCCGGCAACAUCUGCUGUCUGCUUAACCAGUCCGCUUGUACAUUCUCUACUCCCUUUAUAUAUUCCGCUGUCAAUGAUUGGAGCGUGUGCUCUGCCCAGGAAAUUAGUAGAGAUGCCUCCUGAUGAAGAACCAGUGACUUCGUCCCUCCUUGACGAUUUAUGAACGCUUUCACACAGUUGUCUGUUCUCAGCAGCACAUGUUUGAGAUGGAAUAAAGGCACAAAAUGUUGCAGCGCCAACCGUGCUGCCCAAAGUUCUAGUAAGUUGAUGCUUUGGUUUGAUUCGUGAGGGGACCAAGAUCCCUGCAGGAUUUGACCUCUGCAGUGAGCUCCCCACCCCUGGAGACUCGCAUCUGAUGUGACAGUCUCCCAUGGUGGGUCCUUUAAGGAAAGUCCUCUGCGUAGAUUGCAAUCCUUUGUCCACCAAUGAAGAGCGGUUCUCAGUCGUAACGUCAGAGGAACCUGGAAUGUGAAUAUAUUUGCUAUAAAGUAAAUCAUACUUUAAAAAGAUUUGACUCUAGAAAACGCAACGAACCUGCCAUAUUACAGACUAUGUAAUCAAUUAUGAAAUUUUGACCUUUGUUUUUGAAAGGGACUACACUCACACAAACAAAAACCCUCACCAUGCACAAUGUGUAGGCUUGGCUCAAGGCUUAACUGGGUGUUCUAGAGUGCUGCAGAAAAAUCUCUAACAAAGUGAUCUGUUCUGUCUUCCUAGCUGUUUAGUGCGUUUCCUAAAGAAGCACAGGCAGUUGAUGAGGAUCCCUUUAUCAGUUCAGCUUUUGUGAAACCUCUGACUGGAGUAGGAAGGCCAGGUUCUCAGUGGUUGGUCAAACCAGUGAAAUAUAGGCACCAGUGUGGGGUACCCUGUAUCAAUCAAGGAAGGCCAUAGCUCAGUGAAAGAACCACAUGUGUUCCAUGCAAAAGGUCCUAGGUUCAAUUCCUGGCAUCUCCCGGUAGGGCUGAGGAAUAGCCCUGUCUGAAAUCCUGGAGAACUGCUGCUGUUCGGUACAGAGUAUUGAUAAUACUGAGCUAGAUGGAGGACCGGUUUGGCCUUGGAAUAAACUAGCUUCGUAUUUUUCAGUCACUUAUCUUUUGACCCCCUAUGCUUACCUACAAGGUGUACAAAGGAUGUGAAUCUACUUGGCUUCCCAAAACUUAGAACCAGGGCUGCCGUGUGAGAUAGAAACUUUACGAUUUUUAAAGGAGUGAAAACAUACAUUCUCCUCCUUGACUUUAAUAUGUGUCGCUGUAACAUUGCUUAAAAAACCCUGUUUUAAUACAUGUUAAUUCACUUGGCCUGUUCCUGAGCCCAUUAUUUGCUGCAGUGUAUGUAUAGAACACUUCUAUGCCCAUUCCCUUCAGGACAGAGAAGAUCUUCAUUUACUUUGAAUUGUAGCCACAGUUCAUAUUUGAGGGUAGCUUGAUUUAAUAAGCAAUUUACUGAGCUGCAUUCACUGGAGUUAUGUUGUGCCUCUUUUCUGUAGGCCACUGUUAACAUUUGUGAAGUUAGAUUCUCACUGAGAGUAGAGAGGAAGGUGAUAUUUGUAACUCUGUAGAUUUUAAUGAAGUAGUGUUAAUAUGAAUUUGAGAGUUACAAUAAAGUCUUUACAGGGACUUUCUGGAGGGUUAGUAAUAGAAAACUACAGAAUUACAUACAUGAAUAAGUAAAAAUGCCAACCGCAACUUGCUAGAAAGCAGACUAUUCUUGACCUAUCUGAGUGCAAAAUACAAAAAGACUUUGCUAUUUUGGCUUGUGUUUCACAUGUCACAACCACCCAAAUCUGGCAAAAAACAAAACAAACCCCCCACAACUCUGAAAUCAAGUGCUGCAGUUUUUGGGUAUAAUUAUCCAAGCCAUGAUUAUAGCACUAAUUCAAGCUGUAGUGUUGUAAUUAUUCCUAUAUAAAUGCCAUCUCAGGGAAAGUGAAAAUUACAUCUUGGUUAAUGUGGCUUUGGAUUACUUUGCAUAAGUAAGCUAUUUGGAAUAAUUUAGAACUGGGUACUGGCCCAAAAAGGCAUUCAGAAAGCAAGCUAGCUUUGAAAUACGUCUUCAAGCAGGAAUAGUUAACAACUUUCUCUAAAUCAGCUCAGAUUAAGCAUUUUACUGAUUUCUGUAUUCAGGCUGUUUAAAAAAAUUUUUUUUUAGUCUUACCUAGAAUAUCUUCCGUUGCUCCCAUGGCUCUAUGUAAUAUCCAAAAAUUCCACAGAUCACUUGCUGCAUCUGAUGGAGUACAUUCUUGCCACAAUCAAGUUCUAAUUCCACAAGUGAUCAGUUGGGGCUACAUGACCAGUGACUUUUUUUAAACAAUGAAAAAUUACUAUUCCUUGCAGAAUACAGGUUGAAAAUAUUAACCCUAAGAUGCUCAAACCACCAAGAAAACUGCUCUGAUUUUCAUGCUGGCCAUUUGCAAGCUAUGUUAGAAAGGGAUAAGCAACCUUUUAGGUCAAAGGAAGCCGAUAUUUCCCUUACUAACUCCUUCAUUAGUUAAAUAAUGUUAACCAUUGUACAAGCAACUGGUUAGCUGGAUGUUUACAAGGAGACAGUUUAUCUGUAGGUAGGUUGAUAUUCCCUUUGUAAGCUGCUUGUAUGAGGAACCCUGCCUUAUAGCAAUCUUAUUCCCUUUUCCCCCUAUAAACUUUAAGUCUCUAAUGUACUUCCUGCAUUUGCACCAAGAUUAGUGUGUGGCACAGUAUGGCCUAGCUGCUGCUACAAUAUACAUUUCAAUAAACCUAUCUGUAAUAAGCUUUACAGCAUUUACUUCAUGCCCUUAACUGUAGAAUAUAGGAAAGACUGUACUCUAUUUUUGUCCAUUGCAUCUGUGUUUUCUUUUAACUUCAAUUUCCUGCACAGAAAUACUUUAACAUAAUGAAUCUGAAUUCAGUUUGUCUUUAAUUCAUCCAUUCUAAGCACUUUUAAGAUACCUACAUGCUGCUUUUCCUAAAUCCAAAACAACUUAAGAAAUUGGGAAGUUUAAAAAAAAUGCUUGUGCAAGUGAAGCCUCCAAAGCUACCUCUCUUCAACCUGCUGGUGUAUCCAGUACCAUUCUGUAGAGUCCCCUGUUGCACAGGACCAUCUUUCUCAGAUGCAGUAGUGUCUGCAGGAGCAAGGAAACAUUUUAUGAGGACUCCUUUCACAGUUCUCUGGAUCCUACUCUACAAAACAAUUUCAACAAAACUUCACAAAUGGUUUGUGGCCUAUUAACUCUCACUACAGUUCAUGCUUGUCCCUGGCUGAGGCCAUACAAAAUAUGGUAUGUCAGUUCCAGGCUUUUAAAGGCAAGCGCUAGCUCUCUGAAGCAGUUGUCGUAAAACAGAUGUAUAUUCUGUUGCUCAUGCCUGUUAAUUAUAAGGCAAACGACAGCAUUUCACACCAGCUGAAUCUUGUGUCAUCUUCCAAGGGCAGUCUUGCAUCUAAAACAUUACUGUGGUGAGAACUCAUGGCUCUAAAAGGGACAGAAUCUAUGUAGCUAUUAAAAGGUAUUCCUUACCACUACCACUCUGUCUAGGAGCACUGUUAGGCUCCAAACUUGUUCAAAGAGAAUAAAUACUAUUCCCUUCAAAAAUAAAGUCAUCAACAGUUGAAAGGUUAUUCCAUUUUGUCUAAACUCAAUAUCAGUUUCUUACCCACUUGCUUCCAACUACUGUUUCAAGACUUAAGAGGACAGCUUAUGGAUCAUACAUCGACUCCAUAUUUGAAUUCUGGCUGAUUUUUCCCAGCUAUGUAAAGAUGCCAAAUAAAUCAGAGCCGUUCAGGUCAGCUUCCCAUGGCAUUGAAGUACCUGUUGACUGAGGUUAGAUAGACAAGAUAUAAGCCACAGGCAUUCUGCCUGGAGGACCCUAGCUAUGAUAUAAAGAAUCUGUGAUAUUGGAGUGGUUAAAAGCAACGACACAAGCUGCAGUGAGACAGCAUUUUUUGGUAAUUUGAGAACACUAUCCAUUAGGUUCAUUAAUACCAUCUCACAGUAAUGUCCUACAGGUAUGCCAGGAUCUGCUGAAAAAAGACGUUUAGUGAGGCUUAACUAGCUUUUUCAAAAAGGGGAGGCUGAAUACUAGUCUAAGAAUAACCCAGCGAGUUACAUACCUAUAUUCAGUCUGUCUUUUCAAGGGAGGUUAGCUGUUUGUUUUGUUAGAGAGGGAUACAAGUGGGUGAGGCAGCCUCCUUCUGGAAGAACCCAGCAGUGAUAGAGAUACUUUCCCCAAGGAUGAGAUACUUUCCCCAAGGAUGAUUGGAAUUGCUUUGUGAUUGUAAAGCAGUUAAAUGACCCCCCCCCACUGCUGCUAGACUUGUCUAUGGUAACUUUCACAACCCCCAAACACAGUCUGAAUAGUGGAUUUAAGCAACUGCAGCAAGUGGUUACUUCCAAAAUCCCUACCUUAAACAUAGCAUUAAGUGUAUGUCCUAGUUAAGCAAAGAGUACAGUAUCUCUCUAAGGUGAUCAGUAGCCUCUUAUAGAUGUUAGGAAGAAAACUGGAAACCAAGGUGAUAGUGCAUCUCUACCUACAAGAACUCUCUGGUAAAAUAGCCUUCCCAGCAAGCUGUAUCCUCAAGCAAACACUUUUUCACAGAGCCUCGAUGGCCAGUACUUCAAUCACUGGUCAAAUAGUGGACAAGAAAAACAUCAAAGUGGUUUCUUUCUUAGGUCUUUUAAACCUGGUUGCUUAUUACUACACUGUCCUUUGACUACAGAUUUUGACAGAGAAAAUAGGCUCUGUCUUACUGGUUGCUUUUGGUAGAGGAGUUUAUGCUCAAGUUCAUUUUCAUACCUACUUACUUCUUUUAAAUGGUUUUAACUAGGAAUAGGUGCUUUCCUGUUUGGCAAAUACAUCCACACUAUGAUUGAUUGAAUACUUAAUGUAUAAGCUAUGUUCUGAUAUGUACAACUGACAGUAGAAUGAGAUGGUUGUUAUAAUUGCUGUUAUGAUCAACUCACUAAACACUGAGAUAACAUCCUUAAUUCUGUGCUUCUUGCACAUAACAUGAAAAUGUUCAUUCAGACUGUUCAUUGAUUCAAGACAGCAUUGUGCCUAGGAUGGAGAUACAUAUCCACGUGUAUAUCUGCAUCACCUAUCCAACACGACAGGGUGCUUCUGCUUAUAGGUCACACUUGGUAGAUCAAAAGUGUAGAAAGUUUCCAUCAGCUUCAUUGAAAACAAUACAAAAUACCUAAUGACACUCAGGGGGUGGGGAGUCUGUAGAAUAAAAAAGUAGCUAGCUUUUAUUAAAAAAUAAACUGAAGGCUUCUUCUCGUUUGGUAGCAAUCAUAAUUCCUCUAAAUUCUGGCACUUCGAUGGCUCACAUGUCUGAUAGCCCCACAGAUACUUUGUUACAACCAGGAACUAUGCUGUAGAUACUGCAAGAUAAUAGUUAUAUAAUAUAAGCCAACAAAGUCUUGUAGUAUUAGGAGACUUAUUUUAUAUACAUUUGGUCACAAAUUCAAUUUUCACUUUGUUUUGACCCUGCUGUUUACAACCCACCUUACAACCAUAUAUAUAUAUACUAGCAACUGAGGAUUACAUGUGAUACAACUAGCUAAGGAUGCAGUAAACUCUAGUCUGUGAGGGCCUAUGUCAUAUGUGUUUUUUUAGGUGCCACAAGAUUUCAUGUUUGCUGCAGAGCAAUCCUUCAGGAAACUGUUUAAUCUAUGUACUGUUAAUUGAAAUGUAAUGUGGGCCAAGAGACAUUAAAGCACAACACUUUCUUUGUACAAGUGUCUUCUACAAUUUCCAUUCUCAUUACUUUGGCUUCUGCUUUGGCAGCAAUUGAUGGAUUAUAAACUAAUGUCCACUGUCAGGUCAUCACCAUCACAACUAAUGCUUCCAGCUUGAGGCAGCAACUGGUCUGUUCUGGAAUAUGAGGACAAGAUGGUGAGAUGGUGAAUGGUUGUACAUUGCCCCUAUAACCUAUUUAACAAGUUGUCUGUAUUGUAUGUUCUUACCUUUUGGUAGGAUGUGUCAGAUUUCUUCUUUCAUGUCUGUUUACUCACUUAAGCUUACAUCUCAACUGAGCCAAUAUAGAACAAAAAAGCAACCACACUGUAAUAGAGAAAAGGGCAGGACAGGCCAUCUGCUAUGACAAAAAUAUAUAAUCCCAAACCAUAAACAACAUCUGCUGAUUAUGAUACUUGAUUUCAUGGAGACAUGCAACCUUUGUUUGAGUGCUAGUGUACAUGCACAAUUCACUUUUUAAGAGGGACAAAAGUGCCCAAGGUACUUUAAUUC